UGUAUUAGUUACAAACAGAUGUACUAUGACGAUAGUAAAUUUUUCAACAGCGAUGGUGUGUAUGAAAUUGAUGAGAAUAUUCGAGUUAUCUCAACCCCUGGACAUACACUGACGGAUGUAUCUGUUAUCGUUCAAACAACCAAAGCAUCAAUCGGAAUUGUAGGCGAUUUGUUUGAAAGUGAAGAUGAUAUAAUGGAUGAAUCCAUUUGGUUAAAUGCUGGUAGUGAAAAUCCAGAUUCACAAAAAAAAUAUAGAAAAGCUAUUAUGGAACAGGUGGAUUGGAUUAUACCUGGUCAUGGUGCUAUGUUCUCUACCAGGAAAUACAAGUGAACAAUAAAAUGUUUAAAAAUAGAAAUAAUUUUAAAAUUUAAGUUUAUUUGAUACCUCUGAAUUUCAAUGUAUUAUAAUUAUAUUAUCUUCAUCUAUACAACAACCUAUACCA